AUGGUUGAAAAGUACGGGGAGGACCUAACUCAACAUCCAGAGGGUGAAGUUGACUUGUGGGUGCAAGCACAAGAAGGGAGACGCAAAUGCAGACGUAUUUACGGGGUAGGAGGUUCAGAUCUACAUUUCGUUGUCACGGGGACAUCAUCCAACGGGAACAAACCGACCUCUUCUAACUCCCUGCAGUCACAACAACGGGUCAGGGAAUUGGAACAAGCUCAUGCCGAAUUCGCCCGACAAAAUGGUGAAAUGGCCGAAAGACAAGCACAAAUGGAAAAACAAAUGACGGAAAUGGUCGAGUUCAUGAGACGAUAUGACACUAAUAACCGUCCCGACAAUCCAUCCAAUCUAUCGAAUGCUCCUUAG